AUGAGCCCAAAUACGUUGGCUCCUAAUGACAUCCUCACGGAUGACAAUUACUUCAUGUGGAAAUUUAAUGCACGCAUGACAAUCGCGCGCAAGGAUAUUUUGGAUCACGCUUUGAUUAAGCCAGAGCCGGCAGUGCUGCGGGAGAAUCCCGGAUGGAAAGUCGCCGAUAUGAAGGCUCUGGCUGUACUGGUGAAGCUACUCUCUCCAACCUAUCAGUGCAUGGUUCGGGAAUGUGAGUCUGCGUUUGAAGCUUGGGAGGUUCUGAAGACGUUCUUUGCGAAGAAAAAUCUUCACAACCGAGUGCAACUUCGGAAAGAAUUACAUGAAUUUGUGAUGGAGACUGGUGCGAGUCUUAUGGACCAUCUACUAAAAUUUGAUGAGCUGUGUCUCAAGCUCGGAGCUGCCGGUGACAGCAUGGAUGAUGAUGAAAAGCUAGUUUUGCUUUUGGGAAGUUUAUCAUCCGAAUAUGAUGAUAUGGUGCGCAUCAUUGAGGCGCACAGCAACGUGACGCUGUUAGACGCAAAAGAGAUGCUCCGCCGAGAGUAUGACACUCUUCAGAAGCGAGACAAGAAGGAAACCGCUUUUAAGGCACACGCUCAACGUAAUGAACCUCGACGCUUUCAAAGUAACCGAGGACACCGUGGUCAAGAAGAAAAUCGAGAUCGCUACCAAACUUCGAGGAAAGGAAAAGCUUAUGCGAGUUUUCAAGGCAAAUGCUUUGCGUGUGCGGCAUGGACACAAGAGAUCGCAGUGUCGUAA